AUGUUUCGUUUUCAUAAACCGCUCGACGUCAUCACCCUCUUCCACAAGGCCAGCUCGCCUACGUCGGUCAGGCUGGCUGCUGUUCUUCAGCAGAGAUCAGCUGCUGCAACAGAGGCAUCGACUGAGGACAAGCCUGGAAGGCCCGAGUUUAAGCUUGAGAUUACCGAGAACCCGCCGACUCCGGAACAGCUGCAGACAAUCCUCGAGUAUGCGGGCUCGAAGCGUAUCUCAACUAUUGUUCGCGGUGCCACCAACCAAGCAGAAGCAUUGAGGAAGUUUAAGGAGAGCCCUGACAACUUUAUCCGGCCUGUGGUGGUAGACUGGAACAAUGGCCAGGCCAGGGCUGGCGAAAACGAGUCUGAGAUUCUCAAGAUGCUCGACUCGGUACGCAACUAA